CUUCGCUCACGGAAUCACGCUUUCGCUCGCCGAAUUUUUUUCCGCCCUCGCUGGGAGCCUGUUCGCAGGCUAGGUGACUGGUCGUGACUGGACUGGAAGUUCGAAUGACGUGAGGAUAUUUGCAGUUAGUUACACAGCAUACUAUAUAAGUCCAUGUUUUGAGCCUUCGGUAACAACUGCUGACUACGUACUUUAAGAAAGAGAGAGCGAGAAAAAAAGAAAGCGAGAUAAAAAGUUGAAACCCAGUCUGUUCACCAUGAAAAUGCCGGUAUUUACGGAGCCGGACACUGAUGAAGUUUUUGUGAAUAACCUGUCUUCUCCUGAAUAUGAUGACAGACUUCAAGCCGUUACAAAUAUAAAAAAUGCAGUGAUUGGAAAUAAAGCUAAAAAGUCAUCAUUCAUCAGACUUGAUGUCAUACCAAAGAUAAUAGAACUUCUGGUGCAGGAUGACACUGGAAUUGAGUUUGUUGUUGAAUCAGUUGUGCUGUUAGGGAGCCUGGCAAGAGGUUCUGCUGAGAACGUUCAAGCUCUUUUGGAAGCACACUCACUUGAUGUGUUCUUCAAAGGUAUUUGUCAUUCAGAUGCUAGAGUGGUUGCAGCAUCUGUCAGAUCCUUGAAGUCACUCUAUAGUUCUUCCCUUACUCCAUGCAGUCCAGUCUUUAAAAACCCAAGUAUAGUUCCACAGUUAGUUGAAUUGCUGUCAAGUUCUCUAUCUAAUGCUGAAGGUGCAGCUUUAAUCCUCUCCAAAUGUUGUCAGGGUCCUGCUCAUCAAGCAUUGUUAUGUAACAUGGGAGCGGUAACUGCUUUACUGCCUCUCUUGGUGUGUGAUAUCCCCAAGAUACAACAUCCAGCUUUACAGUGUUAUGCAGCCAUGUCCUUUCAAAAUGGAGCUGUGUCAUUGGCCAUGAAAUCAGCAACACAUCAAGGUGAACAGUUAGUUCAGGUUUUUACCAGGUUGCUGUCAAGAGACAGACCAGAUGAGGUUCAACUUGGAGCUGCUAAGUGCUUGACAAAUAUGCACAGAGCAGGAGCAAUCCCAGCUGCUGAAAACCAUUCACUACUGAUCAAGGUUCUUGCCACGGCAGUCAGAAUGUGUAAGUGGGAUAAAAUUCUCACAGUCCGAGCUGAGGCAGCAGAAACCUUAGCAUUUCUCAUUGAAGAAGAUACUGAAUUGCAGAGGACAGCAGCCAUCUCAGAUCACUUAAUAAAGACACUGACAGGCUUCUUGGUGAAAAGUGAUUUGGAUGACAGCUCAUAUGCUCUUAUGAGAGAGAGUGCUUUUAAAGCCCUUGCUUCAGUUGGAGCGAAUGAUGAAGACAUCAGAAAAAAGAUAAUAGAGAUCGAAUGUACAAUGGAUCACGUGGUAUCUGGUUUGGAAGACCCCAAUACCAACGUCAAAUUAGCGGCAGUGAAGUGUCUCCACAGUCUUUCACGCUCUGUCCAGCAACUAAGAACUAGUUUCCAGGACACAGCGGUUUGGAAGCCAAUUAUGAAGCUAUUACAGGACGCCUCUGAUAACAUGAUGACUGUUGCUUCUUCUGCUCUUUGUAAUCUACUGCUGGAGUUCUCUCCGAGUAAAGAGCCCAUACUAGAAGCAGGUGCUGUGAACUUGCUCUCAAAUUUGACUAGGCGCCAGGAAACUGCGCUGCGACUAAAUGGAGUCUGGGCACUAAUGGUAGGUAGAACAACGAGAAAAGUUAAGGCUGCCGCACAUUAGCCGACUUUUUUGUCGUAGAACUGCAGAUUGUUUUGUCGGGGUCAAGUCGGGUUAAUUUGUCAGGGUAUCAGCUUGCCGAACACUAGCCGAUUUUUUGUCGCGACUAACCGCGUUGAGGCUUGGGGCCGAGUCAUCCAAAAUCGAGAUGGCGCCUAUUCCACUGACGUGACUCCCACGACAUUUACUAAUUGGUUGAGGCGCGCGCGAGCCCCGACAAAUUGUCUUGGUGCACCGCACACUAGCCGACAAGGCCCGGCAAGUCGUUUUGAUAUCUAGCACUGUCAGAUAUCGCCCAACAAGCCCCGAUCUUUUCGCAGACUUGUCCGAAUUCACCGCACACACUAGCCGAAAAGUCAAGAUUUUUUGUCGGCCGACAAAAAAUCGGCUAGUGUACGGCGGCCUUUAUGUGCAAGCUCGUGUGUGUACAGCGCGGUUACACAAUUCAAUCAGGAGAUUGAUUUGUAGCAAGUAAAACUAUCGCGAGCUUCCUGAACUAAUCACAGUAAGUACGAGAAACGUAAUACCAAAGUAGACUUGGGAUUGCUCAGAGAUGUCUUUAGGUUAUUGGAUUAGAACUAACAAUAGCGGACUUAUGUGGCGCAUACUGUAGUUGUGCUGGGGCCAUGUGUACUCACUGUGGUGAUGAUAACCAGAGCGAACAGAGAAUUAAGGCAAGGUAACUUUAAGUCGUA